AUGGAAGGACUAUUUGUAGUUGAAUCUAUUGUAGGAAUGCGAAAAAAUCUAUCAAAAAUUGAGUAUCAAGUAAAAUGGCUUGGUUAUUCAAAAGAAGAAAAUACAUGGUAAUAUUUUUUAUUAUCUUGAAGGGAAUUGUAAGAGAAUUUAAUAUAAAAUUUUAGUGAUCUAAUUUACUAAUAUCAUUAAAAUGAAUUUUAUCAAAAAUUUAAAGGUUUUAUCUUCAAAUACAAAGAAAUUAAAGGAAAUAUAAAGAUAGAUAAACCUUUUUAAAUUAUUAGAGAAUUUGAAACUCAUUUUUUAGUUAAAUUUAUUAAUUAUUUUUAGAUUGCAUAUUAUCCAAGAAAAAAUAAGUUUGUUUGUUCAUCUCUUAUUAAUAAAUCAGAAGCACCAUUAAAUCUAUUAUAAGAAUUCUAUUGUAAAUAAUAGGAUUAAAUAGGAUAUAAUGAAUAUAACAAUGAAUAAAUUGGAUGUAUUUUAGAAUACUAUUAAAAAUAAUCAUAUGUUGUUUUAUUAGAAUCAAAAGGAAGAAUCUUUAUAAAUAACACUAUUAUUAUUGAUAAAUAACCAGAACUCUUACUUGAUUAUUUUGAAAAUAUGAAUUGGAUUACCAUUGUUGAAUGA